AUGUUCAAAUCAAUUGUAGGACUUCUGGCCCUGCCAAUCCUGUCCGCGGCCCAUGGAGACCAUGGCCAAACUCCCAUGGCCGGUCCUCAUAAACAGCUUGAAGACUUCUGGCAUAACACUCUACCAGGUGAUGGGGGUACUCAGGCCGACUCGGUAUUUUCGGGAAUCACUACCUUCGGUCGAUUGCCUUACUCGCCAUGCCUGUCCACCGAUGACGUGAAGUACGAUAUUGCUUUCUUAGGUGCUCCUUUCGAUACUGGAACCUCGUAUCGACCCGGUGCACGAUUUGGUCCUAGUGGCAUCAGACAAGGGUCUCGUCGUCUCAAUCUUUACGGCGGCUAUAAUGUCCCGCUGAAAGCGAAUCCGUUCUCUGGCGAAAUGAAGAUUCUUGACUGUGGCGACAUUCCCGUGUCCUCAUACGAUAAUCAGUGGGCGAUUCAACAAAUCGAAGAGGGACACAACAGCGUGUUGAUGCGCCGACCUUACACUGACGCUGAUAAGUCAGGCCUUUCUCUGGCUGGAAAGACGCUUCCUCGUGUCAUCACGCUCGGAGGAGAUCACACCAUCACUCUGCCUCUGCUGCGAAGUAUCAACAGAGCUUAUGGACCGGUUUCGGUAUUUGGUGGAUCUCCUAGUGAGAUCGCUGCCAUUAAUCAUGGAACCUACUUUUACCAUGCUGCCAUGGAAGGCCUGUUGAAGAACGAUACCAACAUUCAUGCUGGAAUCAGAACGACUCUGUCGGGACCCUCUGACUAUGAAAAUGACGGCUACUGUGGAUUUGAAAUCGUCGAAGCGAGAGAUAUCGAUACAAUUGGCACCGACGGCAUUAUCAACAAAAUCCGAGACCGCGUUGGCACCGAGAACCCCGUGUACCUCUCCAUCGAUAUUGACUCAAUUGAUCCUGCCUUCGCGCCUGCAACUGGCACCCCCGAGACGGGCGGAUGGUCCACCCGUGAGCUUCGAACGAUUAUCAGAGGCCUCGAUGGAAUCAACUUCAUCGGUGCUGACAUCGUAGAAGUGGCCCCGGCCUACGACAGCAAUGCCGAGCUCACCACGAUGGCUGCUGCUGAUGUUCUAUUUGAGGUGCUUACCAUUAUGACAAAGAAAGGACCACUGUCGCUUGGUGGGAACAUCCACGAGCUCUAA